AUGGGAAUCCGCCUCUGCGAGGAAGCCCGGCCCUGGCUUUCUCGUGCUAUGGGCAAAUCUCAUGGCGAUGCAUCUCGCAUGAUCUUCAAAGCCAAGUCUGCAGCUAGACUGCUCAAACUGAUUGGCCAGGAAGUCGACAGCAAAGUGUUCGAUCAUAUCCACCUGGCAGCAGCGUUUUCCCGACUGGCCAAGCUCGGCCAAACGCGUCAGCUCAUGAUGACAGACGUGGGUAGCCUUGUGUGGGCAAGGAUGGUGGCACGGCUGCACAGCAUGCUGAGGGAAGACACGCUCGGCGCACGUGCUGCAGUCAAUAUUUUCUGGGCGCAUGGCAAGUUGCACCAGGAACUCGAAGCUUUGCAACGCGCAGUGCCAGAGAUGUUAACCGCUUUGGGUGCAACGGCAGCGCUCAUUGCUGACAAGGUAGAGGAGAUGACUCCCCAAGAGCUUUCGAUCAGUCUCUGGGCAGCUGCAAGAUUGCAAGAUACGGCCCCGGAAGUAAACACCGCCGUGCCAGCUAUUGCAGCUUGUAUUCUUCACCAGGCAGGCGACAUGACCGGUCAAGACUUGUCGAACAGUUUGUGGGCAGUUGCCAAGUUGCAGGAUACAGUCCCAACGGUCCUUGUGACGAUGCAAGCCCUUGUGACGUGCAUUCCUUCAAAGAUAUCGGGCAUGCAGCCAGAAGGGUUGCGAAUGUCCUUGUGGGCUGCUGCAGAGCUUGGAGAAGAUGGACUAGCAAAUCAUCUCAAGCGAGAGCUGGCGGAGGCGGAUGUCGAAGCGGGUAAGGUCGAAGUGGAUGCCAAGGCCCUCACGGCGAAGGAGAAGCGCGACGAGAACGCCAGCCUCCUGACGAACUUGAAGAGCUGCGAGAAGGUCGUUUUGGGCGUUGGUGUCUUCUUCGCUCUGGCACAGGGAGUCUCCACACCCGCCAUUGCCAUGUUCACGGCCGACAGCAUCACCACGCUGACAGGAGUGAAAGAUGGGGACGAGGCACACAUGCUGGACGACAUGGUCCCGACCCUCAUCAAGAUUGGUGUCCUUGCUGCCAUACAGUUUCUCUUCGCUUUUGGCUGGCAAACCUGCCUUGCCUGGUCUGCCGCGAAGCAGGCCCUUCGAUGGCAUCGAAGCUUUCUGGAGGUCCUGUUCUGCUUGGACGUGAGCUGGUACGACGAGCAUGAGCCAGCAGGCGUGGCUGCCCGACUGGAGACUGAUAUUGCGAACGUCUACAUGCUUUUCGGUGGCAUGAUGUUGGCCAUGUGGAAUGACAUCGCCUGUAUUUCGGGACUUGUCAGCGCCAUGGCGUGCGUCUUCCCUGCGAACCAGGUGAUCGUGGUCGGCGGAGGCCUUGCCGGCAUGUCGGCCGCGAACACCGUGAUCGAGUUGGGUGGCCGCAGUCUGCUGCUGGACAAGUCCUCCUUCUGCGGCGGCAACAGCACGAAGGCCACUAGUGGCAUCAACGGUGCUGGCACGAAGACGCAGAAGGGCAAGUCUAUUCCGGACAAUGCGGAAAUCUUCAUCGCGGACACCCUCAAGGGUGGUGCCAAGAAGCCGGAGCUCGCCAAAGUCUUGUGUGCCAACAGCGCCGCCGAUGUGGAUUGGCUCGUGGACAAGUUUGACUUGGACUUGUCCCUGGUCGCCCGACUGGGUGGUCACUCUCAGCCCAGGACACACCGUGGGAAGGAGCGGUUCCCCGGUAUGACCAUCACCUAUGCGCUGAUCCAGAUGCUGGAGAAGGUGGCGGAGAAGACCAACCGCGCCCGCAUCAUCACCAAGGCUGAGGUCUUCAAGCUGCUCCAGAAUGGCUCAGCCGUCGUAGGUUGUGAGUACAAGAAGGCCGGUAAGGUCGUGAAAGAGUUCGGUCCCAUGGUCCUCGCAUCCGGCGGCUUCGGCGCGGACUUCGGCGCGGAUUCGCUGCUGGCCACCUACAGGCCUGAUCUGCUUCAUCUUCCUACCACCAACGGCGAGCACUGCACCGGUGAUGCCAUCAAGAUGGGCGAGGCCAUCGGCGCUGCAACCAUCGACUUGGAGUGGGUUCAGGUGCACCCGACUGGUCUCGUGAAGCCGGAUGACCCAGAUGCCAAAGUCAAGUUCCUUGCGGCAGAGGCCCUGCGUGGUGUGGGCGGCAUUGUCUUGGAUGCGAACGGCGACCGCUUCUGCAACGAGUUGGGCCGCCGCGACUAUGUCACGGGCGAGAUGUGGAAGAACAAGCCGCCCUUCCGCCUCUGCCUUAACAAGGCGGCAGCUGACGAGAUCAUCUGGCAUGCUAAGCACUACACCGGCCGAGGCGUCAUGAAGUUCUACCCGACAGGUGAGGACCUGGCCAAGGACAUGGGCGUUCCCUUGCAGAAGCUCGUCGAUGCGCACCAGAAGCACUUCGAGGCUGCCAAGAAGCAGGAGAAGGACCCUGAUGGCGGCCCUUUCCCAGCCUACCCAUCGGGCAAGACUUGGGACGAACCCAGUGGCAAGACCGGCAGCGGCAAGAAGUUCUUCCACAACAUCAUCGACGGCUCCAAAGUGUCGACCGAGCCAUUCUACGUGGCCAUCAUCACCCCCGUGAUCCACUACUGCAUGGGUGGCUUGGAGUGCACCGUCGACGCCGAGUGCAUCGACAAGAAGACAGGCAAGCCCAUCCCUGGCCUCUACGUGGCCGGGGAGGCAGCAGGCGGCAUCCACGGCAACAACCGCCUGGGAGGCAACUCCCUCUUAGACUGCGUGGUCUUCGGCCGCGUGGCCGGGAAGGCUGCUUGCAACUUCACUUUCGGUGCCGGCGAGAAGUUCAAGCCCUGCCCGGUUCCCAAAGAGCUCAAAGAGCUCUCCAAGUGA